AUGGCUCGCUACUACACUGGAAGGCGGAGUUGGAUAUGUCCCAACUUCUACCUCGUCGAAAAGAAUCUUGUCGAGGGCGCUCAAACAGAGUAUGAUGCGGUUUUUCUAGUCGAUGUAGGUGGCGGAAAGGGCCGUGGCUUGCAGGAACUGUAUCGAAAGCGUCCUAGGUUGCCCGGAAAGUUGGUACUCGAGGAUGUUAAAGGCGUGAUUGAAGAAGCAGAAGCAUUUGGUCUCGACGAGAAAACCGUACUCAUGAACCACGACUUCGCAAAGCAGCCUAUCAUAAUCCGACGACGAGUUUCCGCUCAGCAAGCGCGGUCUGUUACACACACAUCCAACGCGACAGGCAGCUUCGAAAUGGCGACUUGGUUUAGUCUCGAGGGGACAGAUCAAGACUAUCACGACCAUCGAGAGGGAAAGCAAAGCGGUACCCCUUCGAGCCUACGACGAGCCAGUGAGCAUGACCUAUACCUACGGACCGGACAUCCCACGCUAGAAAUGCGAGGCAGACAGCUUAGCCUAGCCUUCCCACCUCUUCCUGAAGAUGCGCUCGAGCCGGCAGAUUCACAAAUGCGCCGACUCGUGCACACCUUACCUCCCGAGCUAUUCGCCAGAAUGUUGCAAGAUUUCCUCCACAUAGUAUUCGAGCCGCGCAAAAUCCACCUCGGUGUCGAUCACCUCAAUUUGCAUCUCUUCAAGUCGUUAGAUCGAGCAAUGUACGCAAAGCGACGGAGUGAGUUUCGGCCUGGGAGUGUCUGGAACGAGGAUGGACUACCUGCCCUGGAUGCCAUUGCCAGUGAUGAAGUCUAUCAGGAAGACAGAAAUGAGGUUCCAAAGCAGGACUACAAGUAUCCGUUACUAGAACACUACAUCGCUCUUCCCAACGAUACUUCACCCGGCAUAGACCGUCUCGAUUCUCUUCCAGCUUACAUGGGGAUAUGA